AAAAUUAAUAUUACUUCUAUAAUAAUUGGUGCACUUGAUUAUAUUCAUAAAGAAAAUUCAAUUCAUAGAGAUUUGCAUUCUGGAAAUAUAUUAUAUUCACAAUUUGAUGAUAAUUGGCAGAUUAGUGAUCUUGGAUUUUGUGGUCCUGCAGAUAAACCAUCAACAAGUAUAUAUGGAAAUCUCCCUUACAUAGCACCCGAAGUACUUAAUGGAAAAGAAUAUACUUUCAAAUCUGAUAUUUAUAGUAUUGCUAUGCUUAUGUGGGAAAUUUCAUAUGGAAAACCACCAUUUAUAAAUCAUGAACAUGAUUAUGAUCUUGCACUUAAUAUAAUUAAUGGUAUAAGACCAAAAAUUAUAUCAGAAAUUCCUUUGAAAUAUAAAAAUUUAAUGGAACAAUGCUGGGAUGCUGAUCCAUUAAAAAGACCUGAUAUUAAUAUGCUUUUAGGGGAAAUAAGAGAAAUUAAG